AGCUCCUCACAGCGCUGCCGCCUGGACCUCCACCCCGCGGCUCCGCUGACCUGAGGCUGCGCCACCUGGGCACUGGCCGGCGCUGUCCUCUGAGAGGCCUGGACCCGCGGGGCCACCGCAGCAGCCCAUGGGUCUGAGCCCCGGCGCCACGGGGGAGGGCGGGCUCCGCCUUGCGAGGUUACCCCGCUUCCGCCUCUCCUUGAGGACGGCGGAAGACUCCGAGGCAUCGCAGGCGCUGGCCCAGUUCUCACCCAAGCAGCCUCCGCAGGGCCCGACUGAGCAGGGCAGAAGCGCCCAGCAGGGGGAGAAGCCAGCUGCUACCCUGGAGACCACAGCCAAUGAGAAAGGAGAGUGCGAUGCAACACCCAAGCCUGAGGGGGCCGGCAAGUCAGUAAAGCAGGCUGCGGAGAGCAAACCAGCACCCCAACCCGGAGACCUGAUUGAGAUUUUUCGAAUUGGCUAUGAGCACUGGGCCAUCUAUGUGGAGGACGACUGUGUGGUCCACCUGGCUCCCCCAAGCGAGGAGUUCCUGGCGGGCAGCAUCACGUCGGUGUUCAGCAACCGCGCGGUGGUCAGGUACAGCCGCCUGGAGGACGUGCUGCACGGCUGCUCGUGGAAAGUCAACAACAAGCUGGACAGGACGUACCUGCCGCUGCCCGUGGACACCAUCAUCCAGCGCACGAAGAACAUGGUCAACAAGAUGGUGCAGUACAACCUGAUCGAGGGCAACUGCGAGCACUUCGUCACCGGCCUCCGCUACGGCGUGUCCCGCAGCCAGCAGGCCCACAGAGGGACUCAAGGAGGAGGCGUCCACGGAAGCCUGCAACUGUUCAGGCCAGCUGCGCCUUAACCUAGGAACAUCUCGCCCAAGAAAUACUUUCUUUUUAAAGUUAUGCAUCAAGUUAAAGCAGCCCCAAGUUAAAGCAUAAUCAGCAAGACCAGUUAUUUUGCUUUUCUACUUUAUAAAUACUAGAAAAUUUGAAUUUUUUAUAGUCACCGAUUUCAGUUGAAUUCUUAAAACAAUAUGGUCAGCCCCUGAGGGAGAGGAGGGAGUGAUCCUUGUGUUUGAAGAAUGUCACGGUGGGAGGCCUGAGAUUACGGCUGCAGAUGGGUAGUGCCAGGACGAACAGAAGUCACCCAAGGGCUCUCAUUGCUUGGGAGGCAGGAGGAGUGUGGAAGAGAGCAGGAUAGAGCCCCCAAAGCAUCUCACAUAAGAUCUUAGGGUCUCCCAAGAGCCUCUCUCCUGUUUGGAGAAAAUAGACCUACACAUGAAACUUCAUUUUCCCCUCCUCAUCCUUUCCUGGGUGAUUCAAACUGGACUCCCCAGCUGUUUCCUGGACGUGGGAAUCGGGGUGUGUCUUUGAUGGUUUUCCGUCUGCCUUUCCUGAGGGGUCUGUCUGCUUUGUGUGGGAGUUCUGGGUGCUGGUAGUUAGUGGAUGCCCUCACCCCUCCCCCUGCUUCCCCAAGUAACUCCCAUCACCCACAGAAACAGUCCCUAGUACUUCUCCCUUCAGUUUCUCGAUUCAUUAUAUGAUCUAGAUUUCUCACUUCACUUUCAACCACCUCUGUUAUGUAUUAAUGAUCCCUUUGGUCUGAAGAUGACUUUGAACUCACAGGCCAUGUUCAUCUAUAGCCAGAACAACACCGAUCCCCAUUGCCAGUGAGUGUUUGGUAACUGCCUCACAAAGGUCUCCUCCCUCCACUGCUUACCUUUCAGACAGGGACACACUCCUCUGGCGACUUUCCAGUUUGAACCCAGGGAGGUAGAGACCACCAGGAACACAUCAGGGCUUAUGUUCAUUUGUUCAUUCAACAAACAUUUUCAGUGUCGACCAAGUGCAAGCCCUGGCUCCCCUCACCUUUGCCUGAACCCACAAGCAGUGGUCAGGAAUGAGAAGAGGUCAGUGAGACGCUGUCACAGUGGAGUGUAGGGUGGAGGCCACCUCCUGGACAGCCAUUGCCCAUCUGAGAGCCAGAACAUACUUCGCACUGCAGAUGGGGGUGGGUGGGGCAGUUCCUUCCACUGCAGAUGGGGGGAGGGAUGGGGCAGUUCCAAAAGUGUUAUUAGAAACCUGUACACACAGGUCAAAACCACAAGGACACAUCAUCUCACACUUGGUCGAGUAGCACAGAUUAAAAGACCCCAACAACAAAGGUGGGAGGAUGCAGGGAAAGGGGAACCCUAUUCCACUGUUAGUGAGAAUGGAAACUGGUACAGCCAUUGUAGAAAACAAUCUGGAUUUACCUUAAGAAACUGAAAAUGAAAUCCCACUCUUGGGCACCUCUCCAAAGAAGAUACCCACUCAAAAACCUACAUGCGCUACAGCAUUUAUUGCAACACUAUAAGAGUGAGGCCUUAGAAACAUCCCAAGUGUCUGCCAGUAGGUGGUUGGAUCAAGAUGAUGUGGCGCAUCCACACAAUGGAAUUCUAUUCAGUCACAAGGAAAGGCGAAAUGAUGCCAUUUACAGCAAAAUGGAAGAAGUUCAGGGGACUUACGUGCAAUAAAGCAAAGCCGGAAUGACAAAGACAGAUAUUGGACACUUACAUAGUAGAUGACUAUACUUAUUAAAAUUGGUAGAUAUUAAUAAACAAUGAUGGGGGAGGGUAAAAAAAGAGACAACCUCCAGAAGGCGAUAAAACCUUUACAAAUCCUACAUCUGAAAAAAUAAAAAUGUAAAGAAACCCAAACCUGUACAGCUCCUUC